CUACGGAGACGUUUAUAAGGCACGUAACAGGCAAAAUGGAGAGCUCGCGGCCCUCAAGAUCAUUAAGAUGGAGCCAGAGGAAGAUUUUUCUGUCCUCCAGCAGGAGAUUGUCAUAGUAAAGAGCUGCAAACAUCCCAACAUUGUGGCAUAUUAUGGCAGCUACAUACGAGCUAAUAAACUGUGGAUCUGUAUGGAGUUCUGUGGAGGAGGCUCCUUGCAGGAUAUUUACCAUGUGACCGGUCCCCUGAUUGAGCCACAGAUAGCGUACAUCUGCAGAGAGAUGCUACAGGGCCUGGACUACCUGCAUGCACAGAAGAAAAUCCACAGAGACAUCAAGGGUGCCAACAUCCUCCUCAACGAUCACGGCGAGGUGAAGCUGGCUGACUUUGGGAUCUCGGCCCAGAUCACUGACACCCUGGCCCGGCGCAAGUCCUUCAUCGGGACGCCAUAUUGGAUGGCGCCAGAGGUCGCAGCAGUGGAGAUAAAAGGUGGCUACAAUGAACUGUGUGACAUCUGGUCUGUGGGUAUCACUGCUAUAGAGCUGGCAGAGCUACAGCCGCCGAUGUUUGACGUUCACCCGCUGCGGGUCCUGUUUCUUAUGUCGAAGAGCGGCUACCAGCCUCCUAAACUGAGGGACAAGUCUAAGUGGUCGUCCAUGUUUUAUAACUUUGUGAAGGCCAUGCUGGUGAAGAACCCAAAGAAGAGACCCAGUGCCUCCAAGAUGCUCUCACACAUGUUUCUGACCCAGCAGUGCCUGAACCAGGAGCUGACCCUGGACCUGCUGGAGAAGUAUCGACACCCUGAGAAACUGAAGACCUGCCUGGCGCCAGACGACGAGGAGAUGGAGGUGGCGGUUCCUGCAUCUUUAAGGAGGAUCCAAUCUAUCAACAAACACAACCGGGCAGAGAGGACAAGCUCUGACGUAAGCUUGGAACAGAUUUACACUCAGAGGCCUGCGAAGACACACUCACCAGAUGUAACGUUAAGGCCUUCAAUGGGAUCAACUGGCAGCAGGAAGAGUCCAGCGAGGGACGAGGACACAGACACAGACGAUGACUAUGAUGAUAUCGACAUCCCUACGAUGCAAGAGAACAGCGUCCUAAGACGAGCUGCUGAGACGCCUCCUCCACUUCCUCCAAAGCCCAAAGUGCGGACCAGCUCAGAGGAAAGUGUGACGGGGGAGGAGGACCGGGCGAGGAAGCCCUCCUCUCUGUACGCCCCCACCCCUCUCAUUAGGACCUCCAGUGCGUCGCAGGUCCGACCUACACCGAAGCCACGAUCCUCACGACACUCAGACCCUCCAUCCUUACCUACUCGGUUUAAUAGCAACCCACCAGACCUCCAUCCUCCUCAGCUCCCCCCUAAAGGCAGACGCAGACGACAACCCCCAUCAAAGGAUCCUGCCGAGUGCGCCAGCCCCGUCAUGAAGAAACCACCUGUCUACUUUAAGAAGAUCUUCCAUGGCUGCCCCCUUAAAAUAAACUAUUCCACGACCUGGGAAAACCCAGCUACCAAAGAGCAGCAACUGAUCCUGGCGGCAGAGGAAGGAAUAUACACCCUGAACCUCAACGGCUCAGAGGCCACAAUGGAGCUGUUGUAUCCUGGGAAGUGUACCUGGGUCUACACCAUUAGUAACGUCCUCAUGUCUGUAUCAGGUAAAUCAUUGCAGCUUCACUCCCAUUUACUGAAGGAGUUGUAUGAACAGGCUCGGAAGGACCAGAGGAUGGUUGCCUUACCGACUCACAGACUGUUACCCAGGAAAUAUGCAGUGACAUGUAAAAUACCUGAUACCAAGGGCUGCAAGACCUGCUCAGUUGCAGGUAACAUGCAGCAAAGCUGCGUGUUCCUGUGCUGUGCUCUGGAGUCCAGUGUGUUGCUGCUGCAGUGGUACGAGCCCAUGCACAAGUUCAUGCUCAUUAAGCAUUUUGACUUCCCCCUGCCCAACCCUCUGCGGGUGUUUGAGAUGGUGGUGGUGCCCGAGCAGGAGUACCCGAUGGUGUGUAUCGGUGUGUCUCGGGGGUCCAGCCCCUCCAAGCCAGUCAAUGUAGAAUACAUCAAUCUCAACUCCAACACGUCAUGGUUCACCAACUCUGGCCUAGAGAAACCGUCCCCAGACAUUGUGCAAGUAAACCAGCUGGACAGUAGUUCACUGCUCAUCCUCAUAGAAAAGUCAGUACAUUUAGUUGGUCUGGACAAGGACUUGAAGACCAACAGGCCUCUGACACAUGAAACCACCUUCUCUCAUGAUGUCGAGUCUAUAGUGUAUUUUGAGGACACACUGUUGGUAGUGUGGCGCCACGGCUGGCAGAGGAGAGGACAAGGCUUCACUGAGGUACUAGAUGAAAUCAAUGACCCCAGGAAGAUCCACCGACUGGUGCAGUCGGACAGGAUGGUUAUUUUGGAGACGCGUCAGACCGAGGACCAAUCGGGACUGUGCAACCUGUAUGUUUUGGAAAUUGCUGAGAAUUACGUCAUGCUGCCCUGACUCACCUGUUUGCUGGCACACAAGGCAACAUGAGAAACUCCCAACCCCACUUUUAUAAUGAAUGCCUCAGGAUUUACAGCAUUCAAAGGAAAGACGCACCGGGAAUUACCAUUUGGGAAUGGAUGCUGCCACAGUAUUUUAUUUUCUAAUAGGAGGAGAGGAGUUACGUAUGUGAAGAGAAUGUGAUGACAAGAUGUUGUGUUGUAACCUUUGUCCCUCAAACUUGGGGGCUCUGUUCUUAUUUAUGCUGAUAUUUACUUGGUUUGUGAGAUCCAGAACAACUCCCAGAACCCAGGCAGCUGAGAAAACCUUAAAACAACAGUGAAGGAAGGUCAUCCUCUCUGACACUAAACAGGAGCAUCUCCUUUCUUCUGCCACAAUAUUGUUGAUCACAGCAGCAGUUUCCUGCAGGGACUGAAAUAAGUGGCUAUUCAAAGAUGCCACAUACGAGCAUCAAGGAAUGAAGCAUACAAGCCCAAAUCAGAAAACAGUGAUACAGUGUGUAAAAUCUAAAUUAAACUGAAAAUAGUUUAUGGGUUUA